AAGGGCCAUUUCCUCCAUAACGAGGUUGAGUCAAGAAAACAUGUUCCUUUUCUAUCAUUUCAUUCUUCUUCUAACACUUCAAUCCUACUUUAUAACCUUAUCACAUUCAGGAACAAUUGUCAAAAACCUUCCUGGAUAUUCUGGUGAUCUUCCUUUUAAACUUGAAACCGGUUAUGUUGGGGUUGGGGGGAAGGAAGAAGUACAGUUGUUUUAUUAUUUUGUUGAGUCACAGAGUAACCCUGAAGAUGAUCCUGUGAUAUGUUAUAUCCCUGGUGGUCCAGGAACUUCCGCGUUACUUGGCUUUUUAUAUGAAACGGGUAUGAAAUGUUAAGUUUCUUUCUAGCUUCAACCGAUCGUGGGUGCGGAUCAUGGACACAAAGAUAUUUAAGAACCGAGAGAACCACUAUUAUCCAAACAAAAUUUUGAAUUUAUUUUUAUUAAAAGGCCCACUUAGCAUUAACGUUGAUAAUGACACAACAACUGCCACCUUAUUAUUGAACGAAUACUCUUGGACAAAGACGGCUAGUAUCAUAUUUGUGGAUAUGCUUGCUGGCAGUGGAUUUUCCUAUGCUAAAACAAAAGAGGCAUGGAUUAGCAGCGAUAGUAUUAUGGCUGCACAAGGUCAUGAAUUUGUGAAAAAGUUUCUCAUGGACCACCCUAAGUUUUUGAAGAAUCCACUUUACAUAAAAGGGGUAUCUUACACAGGCAUUGUCGCUCCUGUUAUCACCAUGAAAGUAUAUGAAGGCAAUGAACGUGGGGACCAACCGACGCUAAAUAUUCAAGGGUAUAUUCUUGGCAAUCCUCUCACUGAUAAAUUCAUGGACUACAAUUCAAGGCUCAAAUACGCUCACCGUGUGGCACUAAUAUCAGAUAAUAUUUAUGAGUCGGCUGUGGAAAAUUGUCAUGGUAAUUAUGUAAACAUUGAUAUAGCAAAUGAAUUAUGUGCACAUAGUCUUCAAAGAUACAAACAAUGCACAAAUCAUAUUACUAUCACCAACAUACUGGAACCAUUUUGCUAUGAAUCGUAUCAGGGGACGCCAUAUUGUCAAGAUCCAUCUUAUGACGCUAUACAAAUUUGGGCAAACAGUGACACCGCACGACAUGCUCUGAAUAUUUCUGAGGGUACAAUAGGAAAGUGGGAGAUAUUCAACACAACCAUCCAUUACGAUGAUGGAAAAAACGACACAUUUUGUUACGCUUAUGAUAUUUUUAGUAGCUUGGAUUAUCAUAAAGAACUCACAAGCAAAAACUGCCGCGCUUUGAUAUUUAGCGGCGAUCAUGACAUGACAUUCCCAUAUGUUGGUCUCGAGCAGUGGAUAGCUUCUCUUAGUAUUAGAGUUGAAGAACCAUGGGAGCCAUACUUUGUUGAUGAUCAAGUUGGAGGAUAUCAAAUGACAUAUGCACAAAAUGAUUUCUCACUGACAUUUGCUACGGUUAAAGGCGCGGGACAUUCAGCGCCAUCGGAUAAACCUAAAGAAUCUAUGUAUCUGAUUAAGAGGUGGCUUGCUUCACGAACUGAUUCAAGCAGUUGUCUAAUUUAGAGUUAGCUUGCUUCACGAACUGAACCAUUAAGUGUUGGUUUUUAUAUCUUUCUUUUUUUUUUAUUAAAUAAUGAUUGAGCUCUUAUUAUAUUUUAUUUAAUCCUUAAAAUACGAUGUUUUCAAAUGCAUCUUCAAGGAGCAA